AACAUCAAAUGGGCCGGAUCCGGAUUUCAAACCACGCUGAUACAAAAAGCGGGAGAUGUCCGCGCCUGCGGCGAGCGUAAUCGUCCGGUUUUGGAAAUCCCAGCCCUCGACCGGUGGACCGAGCGAACUCCCGGCCGAGACACACGUUAGCCAUGUCCCGGGCGGCGCUCACGUCGGCUGGCCGCCGACAUCUCCUCCCACCUCCUAAACCUCGCCUCCUUUCUCACUCCCCUCUGCCCGAAUUAGGGUUAGGGUUUUCAGGAAGCAGCCCGAAGCCGAGCCCUCCGCCUCUCCGGCCCUCCGAUGACGCCGACGCCCUCGCCCGCCUACUUAUCCACCACCACAACCCCUUCCACCCUCUGGAGUCCCCCCUCCAGCUCGUGGGCAUCCAACUCUCCGGCGACCUCGUCCUCCAGACCCUCCUUCGCCUCCGCCACGCCUCCAAGGUCGCACUCAGCUUCUUCGUCUGGGCCCGCGACCACGCCCACCACGUCCACGGCGCCGACGCCUACGACCUCAUGAUCGAUACGCUGGGGAAGGUCCGCCAGUUCGACGUCGCGUGGCAGCUCAUCAUCGAGAUGGACCAGAGCGGCGGCGCGGGGCCUACCCCCCGGACCUUCGCCAUCCUCGUCCGCCGCUACAUCGCCGCCGGCAUGACGCGCCAGGCCGUCCGGGCCUUCGACGACAUGGAGGCCUUCAUCGGCCGGGAGCCCGGCGUCGACGACUUCAAGAUGCUCCUCGACACCCUCUGCAAGUACGGCUAUCCCAAGGUAGCAACAGAGAUAUUUAAUAAAAGAAAAUUCAAAUAUGAACCAGAUGAGAAGACAUACACAAUUUUGAUUUAUGGAUGGUGUAAGGUAAACCGACAUGAAAUGGCCCAGAAGUUCUUAAAGGAGAUGGUGGAUCGUGGGUUAGAACCCAAUGUGGUUACAUAUAAUGUUCUGUUGAAUGGGAUCUGUAGGAAGGCAAGCUUGCAUCCGGACAAUCGGUUUGAUAGAACGAUCCAUGCAGCUGAAGGCCUUUUAGAGGAGAUGCAAAGGAAAGGGAUUGAACCUGAUGUCACGAGCUACUCAAUCAUCCUUCAUGUUUACAGCCGAGCGCACAAACCAGAAUUAUCACUUUGUAUGUUGCGCUCGAUGAAAGAGAAAGGCAUUUGUCCCACCGUGGCACCAUACACUUCGGUAAUCAAGUGUCUCGCUUCCUGUGGGAGAUUGGAGGAUGCUGAAGAUUUGCUUAAUGAGAUGGCAAGCAAUGGCGUAUGCCCAUGCCCAGCUACAUAUAAUUGCUUCUUCAAGGAGUAUCAUGGGAGGAAAGAUGUGGAUGGUGCAGUAAAGUUGUACAAGAAAAUGAAGGGAAUGGGUUCCCUGAGCACACCUGAUAUUCACACAUUCAACAUAUUAAUUGAAAUGUUUUCAAAGCUAAACCAGAUGGAGCUAGUCAAGGAAUUAUGGAAUGAUAUGGUCGAGAGCAGUGUAGGGCCAGACUUGGAUUCGUAUACUUUGUUGAUUCAUGGGUUAUGUGAGAAACAAAAAUGGAGGGAGGCAUGUCAGUUCUUCAUGGAGAUGAUAGAGAAAGGGUUCCUUCCACAUAAGGUGACAUUUGAGACAUUGUACAGUGGAUUGAUACAAUCAGAUAUGCUGCGAACUUGGAGAAGACUGAAGAACAAGGUUGAGGAGGAAUCACUGAAAUUUGGUUCUGAAUUCCAACAUUAUCAUUUUAAACCUUAUAAGAGGUGAUUCUCUUUUUUGAGUUCAAUCAAGUGAUUAAGAGCUGGUAUGGGUUGCCUUUGAAGAAUACCAUGCCUGUCUGUGGCCUGUGCAGAAUCUACUUGAAGAAUCAACUGAUGAUUAAGUGUUAUUGAGCAUAUAGAGAAUUUUUUCUGGAAUGCAGGAGGCUGUCAUACGUGCAUAUUAUCCAAAGGUAGGCUUAGUCCCUGUGCAGGUGAAACCUAGCAAAGAAAUGGAGAAAUUUUACAAUAAUAGUAGUGGUCAUGAUAGCUGAAGCCACAAAACUAUCUACUACAGAAUUAUUCACCAGAGUAGAGGAGAGGUGACGCUUGCAUUGGUACAUUUCAUUGGUACAAGGUGGUAUAGUGACAGGAUACCUGUCUGUGAUCCUGUUUAAUUAAAUGUUGCAGCAAUAAAUUUAACUUUGUUGUUGUAUUCUUGUCACUCUGAGUGAUAUCUACACAAUUUUGAACAACUUCCUUAUUGAGAUCUCUGAUUAUGGUUGCACAUGACCAUACCAUUUUAAUUGGUUCUCCAACUCUUUGACCUUAAUGCAUACAACUCUUGUGCCUCCUGCAAUAUACAUGAGUCUGACCCAAGUUUUCCUAUUUUCACUGCACAAGCAUGUCAAAAUUCUCAUCUCUGUCAUAUUCAGCUUGUUUAUGGUGACCCAUAUUUAUCCUAACAAUUAGAGCCAUAAAAAAUUACAGGGAUAAUAUUAUUGCACAAGCCUAUUACAUAGUUCCUGAUAACACCUUUCCAAGUAAUCCCCAGUCUCUGAUUCUAGUAGAAAUUUGUUAUUGGUUAUUAGCCGUGUGCCUGUGUGCUUAAGGCUAAAAAUUGGUGUAAACUCGGUGGAAACAAAAACUUGUUAAUGACAAAUUUAACACUUCAAUGAAUCUUCAAUACAAGGUAAUUUUUUCAUUAUAUUCUGCAGUUCAUUUUCUUUGUUAACGAUUUAAUGAAUUAUCUUUCAUUAUAUUCUUCAGUUUGUAUUCUUCAGCGUAAACUAUUUAAUUUUUCAUUUAAUAAAAUAAAAUAAAUACUACUUUUUCUCUCAAGUGAAUAGUUCAACAUAAAUUCAAAUAUACUAGUUGCAUAAAAGAAUGCAACGUAUCAGUUUCUUAUUGUUUGAUCUCGAGUUUGAUAUCACAGGCUGACAACAGAGCUCUAUAUAUUGAUUUGAUGAUCAGGAAUAUCUAAAAUUUUAUACAAUGUCAGUGAGUUCUUGAAGCUCAACAAAUUCAACCUAAAACUGGAUAUAGAAAAAUUAGUUGUAUAUAGGGAAGAUAUGGUUUUUCAUAUCAUGAGCAAUUGCCUUUUGCAGCCCUGUUACAGCUAGAUGCAUAAGUUUAAUUCAUGGGUUUAUACAAUAGACCUUUUCUUUGUGGUAAAGAAUUUACUACGCGCUUUUGGAUUAUGAAAGCAUGAAUGGUACAGCUAAUCUAAAACUGCAUCUCUUUAGGUUUGGGAUGUAUUCCUGGUGCAGGAAGCACUGUCUUUGUGGUCUGUCAUUCUAAAUUUGCUGUAUGCUUAUUAUGGUGAUGCACAGGCAUAUACACAACCAUUAGAAUUUGGCACAUGAAAUGCAUACGAAACUUUGAUUUGCUGCUUCUAGAGGUGGUUCUUGUUAACAAGUUUGUUCUGAAAUAAAAGUUCAAUUUCAUAUUCAUCACAUUUUUUUUUCUUUAUGAAAUUGCUUGAUUUGAUUUGGAAGAGAAAAAUCAUCUUAUGAUAUGCCUUGAAUUGGAUUCUUGCCAAAAAUCAUCAAACCUCUUGGCCUUAUUAGUUUGACUGUGACUCAGGUCGCACUUUGGGUCAUUUGCUUGGUUCAAGGCAAGGCUCUUGUGUGGUGGACUUGGUUGUGAAACAUGGAUUACACAUGUUUGUUUGGGUUUAUGUUGGAUUAGAUUUUGAUUUGUACUGGAUUUUGUUUAGUUUUGUAUUUGGUUUGGACUGGUUUUGAUUUGGUUUGACUUUAGUAUAAUAGUUCAUUCAUAUAAUGAUAUUUUCUGAUUUUCUCCUUGCUUUUUCUAUUUUUAGGACAACAUAAAUAGCACAACUGGUUUUAUACCAGAGUUAAUCGAGGAUAUUCCAAAGGGAGUCCACUGCUCACCAUUUCUUUUCUCAUGUAAUCCGUGUUUUGCUGGCAGCAUAUAUGAUUAAGCUACUGAAGAAAGAAAAACGAAUGCCCAACCAGUAGACAGCAGCCAAUAUCAGGACUACUAAGCGCGUGGAGAUCCUUUGUCUAAGAAAUAUACGUCAAACAAGCCUUGCUUUGCAGUUCUAGCUUGAUUACUGGGAUACAACUGAAAUGAAAAGCGCAAGGUAGCUGAUACCACCGUGUAGGAAAAGAUCUUCACCCAAUCUUGAUCGUGAUAUCUCAAUAGCAUGUAUCCUACUUCCUUCUGCAAAUGCCAAAACAAUUUUUCUUGACAGCCAUGGGUUUGUCAGUGCAAGUGGAAGUUGACAUUGUUUUCUCAUGCAAGUACAACAAGAAGCUGCUAUCUUGGUAGGUACAAACAUAAUUUGAAAACAAGAAAUGACACCAUCACCCUGGGCUUGCCUAAAACAAACUAUAUAGGGAGGGAAGCCAUUCUUUGACGACCAAUUUGAUGGUGCAGCGGAAGACGCAAGCAGAGUUGUGAAGCUGACUGGAAAUGAAAACUUAAUAAUGAUGAUGUUUGUGGUUGUUGGUUUGGUGUAUCCACACAAUUAAAAUGAAGAUUGUUGAUGGUUCUUUCUCUCAAAUGAUUUCUACUUUAUAGUAGGAGAAAGGCAAUUGAAAUAUCUCAUGGUAUGCAUAUUACUUUAACUCUUAGAGCUGCUUGCAUGUUAAGCACAAGUCUGAGCAUAUGUCAAUAACAGUUGGCUCUUCUACUUGAUAAAUGUACUGAACAUUUCUUGUUAUAAAAACUGUGACAAGCACAAGUCAUGAAAGAUAGUCUUUUGCUGUUCAA